AUGACCGCAGUUCAACGUUUACAAGCAGAAAAAGAUAUAGAGGUACACGACUGGAGCUAUGAAGAAAGUUAUAAACAUAUACAGUAUGGUACGACAGAAAUACAGCUUAAUCGGAUGAAGAAAUAUAUUCUAACACUUGGGGAUCCAGUGAGUAUAUGA